UUGUCACGAGGGAAACUGCCAGCGUCCAUUUUGGGGAAGCAGGAAGUUGUAUUUGGACAAACCUCUAAGAAACUAAACUAUUUUUAAGUUCUCAGCGAUACAUUUAUCUAUUUGUUUCGUGUUUGAAUCGUUAUUCGGUGUGUUUGUUGCUAAAUUGACACAAGCAGGACUGUAACGCGGAUUUAAUCGUUUGUUUGCGGUUAUCCUGACAGGCUAAUUUACCAGGCACGUCGCAGAGGACGCGACGAUAAUCUUGGGUUCUUAAAAUAAAACCAGUUGGUCAGGAUGGCGGAUGACUUUGAUGUUGAGGCCAUGCUGGAAGCUCCUUAUAAGAAGGGAGAAAGCAAGAGCUCUAGCGCCAAUGGUCACGAAAGUGAUCGCAAGAAGAAGAAAAGACACAGCGGCAGUCGCAGUCCGGUCCCAGAUCGUCGGAGAAGCAGAAGCAGGGACCGCAAGAAGAGCCGAGAACGUCGCAAGAGUCGCAGUCGUGAGCGCAGACGAUCGCGGAGUAAAGAACGCAGGCGAUCUCGCUCGCGCAGUAGGGAUCGUCCUGGACGUUUCCGUGGACGCAAAAGCCCCUUUAUGGGGCAGAAAAUAAACGGUGGUUCCGGAGGCAAGAUUGGCCCACAGCAAUUCAUCAAGCACAGCCGCAAGCGCUCCCGAAGCAAAAGCCCAUUUAAGAAAGACAAGAGCCCAGUCAGCACUUCCCUGAAGAUUUCAAAAAAUAUGGGGCAGAAAAUAAGCGGUGGUUCCGGAGGCAAGAUUGGCCCACAGCAAUUCAUCCAGCACAGGCUACCGAUAGAUAAUCUGACCCCGGAGGAAAGAGACGCCCGCACAGUGUUCUGCAUGCAGCUGGCUGCCAGAAUAAGACCCAGAGAUCUUGAAGACUUCUUCUCAGCAGUUGGAAAAGUUCGUGAUGUAAGGAUGAUCUCUGACAGAAACUCUCGAAGGUCAAAGGGCAUAGCCUACAUCGAGUUUGUAGACACGACCUCUGUACCACUGGCCAUUGGUCUGACAGGUCAACGGCUUCUGGGGGUGCCCAUCAUAGUCCAAGUUUCGCAGGCUGAGAAGAACAGAGCUGCAGCUUUGGCAAAUAGUCUCCAGAGGGGAGGCAUUGGGCCGAUGCGGCUGUACGUGGGCUCCUUACAUUUCAAUAUAACAGAGGAUAUGCUCAGGGGCAUAUUUGAGCCUUUCGGCAAGAUUGAAGGCAUCCAGCUGAUGAUGGACAAUGAGACGGGCAGGUCUAAAGGAUACGGCUUCAUAUCAUUUGCAGAUGCAGAGUGUGCUAAAAAAGCCCUGGAGCAGCUAAAUGGUUUUGAGCUCGCUGGGCGGCCCAUGAAGGUGGGUCAUGUGACCGAGCGCUCCGAUGCCUCCUCCGCCAGCUCCUUCUUGGACAAUGAUGAGCUGGAGAGAACCGGCAUUGACUUGGGCACAACGGGCCGCCUUCAGCUGAUGGCAAGACUGGCAGAGGGUACAGGAAUGCAGAUUCCUGCUGCUGCCAAGCACGCUUUACAGAUGAGUGGCAGCGUGGCAUUUGGAAAUGCUCCAGCUACUGCCACACCUCCUAUUCUUCCUAAUCCUGGGAUGAAUCAAGCCAUGAAUCUCCCGACCCAGCCACUGGCCACACAAUGCUUACAGCUAUCCAACAUGUUCAAUCCACAGUCGGAAGACGAACCGGGUUGGGAUGUAGAGAUACAGGAUGAUGUCAUCGAAGAGUGCAAAAAACAUGGAGGCGUCGUUCACAUAUAUGUUGACAAAAACUCUGCUGAAGGAAAUGUUUAUGUAAAAUGUCCCAGCAUCCCGGUUUCAAUGACUGUUGUUAGCGCCUUGCACGGGCGGUGGUUUGCAGGUAAAAUGAUCACAGCUGCCUACGUGCCUCUCCCCACCUACCAUAACCUGUUUCCAGACUCGGUCACAGCCACGCAGCUCCUCAGACCCGCACGCCGGUGAUCCUUUCAUCUCAAACCCCUGCCUCUGUCUGACCCUGCUAAAUCUGAAAACAUCACGUGUACACGUGUACAUACCCUUUUCCUGAAAUAACUUGCUGUGGUUCGUGAAGGGCCACGUCAUGUAUUUUUAUAAAUAUACAUCAUUUAAGUUGCAUAGUGAGGGUAAAGGUUUCACAGAUAGGCGGGUUGUUGUUUUAUUUCAUUUUGUAUUUUAGCAGGAUGCUGAUCUCGAGUCGUUAUCCCAACAAAAGCAAUUUCUAGAUCAAAUCUGCUUUAUUAUUGGCCUGUUGAUAUGUGAACGCCCUCAUCUCUAUCUAAACAUGAUCUGGAUUCGUGAAAAUGGUUUUGAAGGAGAUUCUAAUGUUUUUAAAGGUGUUUCUUUUGAAGCUGUUUUGUUGUUUUUUCUUGCCUAGGAACGUGGAAAGUUAAGCUGUUUUCAGAUUUUUCUUUGUCUCGACUUAUUCAUUCUGUUACUUUAGUUGUAAGUAACAACAGUAAACCAAAAAGCGUCUGAAGUGGUUAUUGUUAUUUUUUUUUGGAUACAGUCUAAACCAACUUUUCAUAAUCAAGAAUUGAUUUUUCUAAAUCCUAAUAUUGAUUAAAGGACUUUGACAACACUGGGUAAAA